CUCGUAUUGUAUCAUUCCUACCACACGCUGGCGGCACUGUAGGACCAAGGCGAGAAGGAGGAGGCUAUCAGGAACCUCGGUGCAGAUGUCUUUUCCCCCCUCUGGUCAAGCAUCCAGCUCGAGAGACAGUUCGACUACAGAAGAUGCGCCACACCAACAUGCUCCUCCGGGUGUGGUCCUGGACAAGGAUGGGAAACCAUGCCGAACUUGUACAUCAUCCGCCGCAUGGAUGGCCAUGAUGAAAUCCUCGACCGGCAAAAAGUCGAAGCCUAUUGUGCCCGUCACUGCUCCCGCAUCAGAUUGUCCACCAGACGUCGAAGAACUGGGUCGGUCGACAUGGACACUCCUCCACAGCAUGGCAGCUACCUACCCUACCAAUGCGCCCCGCGAGACACAAUCGAUAAUGCAGCAAUUUAUAUCCACAUUCUCCACACUCUACCCUUGCUGGGUCUGCGCAGAGGACUUCAGGGCCUGGAUGGCAACCCCGGGGAAUGAACCGAAAGUUCAAGGACAAGAUGACUUAGGCAUGUGGAUGUGCCAGGCUCAUAACGCCGUCAAUGUUAAGCUGGGCAAGCCCGAAUUUAAUUGCAGCCUGUGGAAGCAGAGGUGGAAGGAUGGCUGGAAAGAUGGAAGAUGCGACUGAUUGAUGAUUCCCCGGGGCAAGAUUUGAUGAACAUGUAGGACUAUAUGGCAUUAUACCCGGCGAUCAGAAGAUAAACAGUGUUUGGCAUAGAUCAUUGGCGGCUAAGCAUCUCUCCUCGCAUCAAAUGUGUAUAUUGAGGAGAUUUUUUGGAACCAGGUUAAACGGCACCGGACGUACACAAACAAGUCAAUCUAUACGCGUACUUCAUAUCUUCUGUCGCCGCGCGGUGUUACA